AGCGAAACUUGGCAGUUCUCUUCUGCAAACUCUGUGCGUGCAAUUCCAUCCCCCCAGCCCUGCUCCCAAGGAAGAGCUGCCAGCAAACAGAGCAGCCAGCUCCGACAGCUCUGUUCUCAGCCCAGCGAGGAGGGAGACACGAUGCAGCUCAGCCUUUGGCUGGUGACCAGCUUCCUGGCAGCAGUGCUGGGCCUGGAAAUGCUUGAGGAUGAUGUGUGUCGGGCACCGAAUGGCAAGGAUGGCUUCCCAGGGAUCCCCGGUCUUGAUGGGAGGCCAGGGCAGAAGGGUGAUGUGGGAGAACCAGGGAAAUCAGCACCGAGGACGGGCAUCCGAGGACCCAAAGGAGACAAAGGUGAAUCAGGGCCUCCUGGCAUCCCAGGGAACCAGGGCUACCACGGUCCACCAGGUCCUCCAGGACUGCCAGGGAAGCCGGGGCUCAAAGGGGCCAAGGGGAAUGCCGGCAGCUUCCAGCAGCAGCAGCAUCCUGCCUUCUCUGCCUCACGGUUGAUGCCACCGUCCCGUGGCACCACAGUGGUGUUCGACAACAUCAUCACCAACGAGGAGAACUCCUACAGCCCCCAAACCGGGGAGUUCACCUGCAGGAUCCCCGGGAUUUACUACUUCGCCUACCAAGUGAUCUCCAAUGGAGAUCUCUGCCUGAGCAUCACCAAGAACUCGGAACGCGUGGUCAGCUUCUGCGACAACAACAGCCGCAACAUCCUGCAGGUGAACUCGGGCAGCAGCGUGCUGAGCCUGGCUGCGGGCGACCGGGUGUCUGUGAACACCAUCCCAACAAAGGGCAACCUGAUUUACCGCGGCACCGAGGCAGACAGCGUCUUCAGCGGCUUCAUGCUGUACCCGCACUCAGGUGACUUCCUUCAGGAGGGUAUUGCACUGUGUCGAUUGGAGCCAGCAGGCAGUGCUGGCAGCAGGCAGGGAUCCACAGCGCUGGAUCCUGUGCCAGAGAGCACCAAAAUGGGGCAGAGCACCUUUAGGGAGCACCUUCAUCUUGCCCUCAUCCUUCUACUUCUGCGCCUGGAGUCUGCAGUGACCAGCGAUCCCCCACACAGCUGCUAUGGGGCUCCAGGCCUGCCAGGCAUCCCGGGUGUGCCAGGCAGGGAUGGCCGGGAUGGGCUGAAGGGAGCCAAAGGCGAGCCAGGCAUUCCAGCUAUUCCUACUAUGCAAGGUCCCAAGGGCAUGAAGGGGGAGCCGGGCAUCCCAGGCUUGAGGGGCAAGAUGGGCCCCUUUGGUCCUGCUGGUCCCCCUGGGGACCCAGGGGUGAUGGGUGCUGCUGGACAGCAGGGGCUGCCGGGCAGCUUCAAGAGGAUGCAACAGUCAGCAUUCUCAGUGACGAGACAGACUGGUGAGCACCCCAUGAAGAACAGCCCCGUGAUCUUCAACAACGUCAUCACCAACAUCAACAACGACUACAGCACCACUACAGGCAAGUUUACCAGCAAGAUCUCUGGCCUCUACUACUUUGUCUACCACAGCUCAAUGGAAAGGAACCUCUGCAUCCUCCUAUUCCAGGACACGGUCAAGAAGGCCAGCUUCUGUGACCACAAGACCAACAACAUCCAGGUUACCUCUGGAGGAAUCCUCCUCCAUCUGAAGGCUGGGAACCAGGUCUGGUUGGAAGUGAAUGAUUACAAUGGCAUGGUGGGCACUGGUGAAUCUGACAGCAUCUUCUCGGGGUUCCUGCUCUUCCCAGGAUAUGAAAGUGACACUGAAGAAAGGACUGGAGCUAAAGAUAUAAAAAGGGAUGUGGCCAGAUUCUUUCACAACUAUCCUCGCAGCAAACUUCUGCUUCCCCUUAGGGUCAUUUCCAAGCAGGACACCAGUGUGUCCUGCUCUAUUUCCCAUUCCGUGCAACAAGAAGCUGACAGUAGGAAGGCUGAGCCCAGCUCUCUCCUGCAGCAGGAAGACAGGAUGCAGACCGUGUGGGUGUUGUUGAUCUGCCUCACUGGAGGGCAGCUGGCAAGUGCCACGCUCUGCAAGACUUAUGGCACCAUCCCAGGCAUCCCGGGGUCACCAGGCCAACCUGGCAUCAAUGGCAGAGAUGGGGAGAAUGGUCCAAAGGGAGAGCAAGGUCCUCCUGGACUCGUGGAGCAUGAACAGGACAUUGGUGAAAAGGGAGACCCAGGAGAACCAGGAUAUCCUGGGAAGGUUGGCCCCAGGGGAUCCCCAGGUUCAAAGGGGCUGCCGGGCCCCAGGGGACCCCCUGGCCCCCAGGGAGACACCGGUGACUACAAGGUCACCCUCAAGUCUGCCUUCUCUGCUGCCAGGACCAUCAGCAUCUUCCCACGCCGGGAGCAGCCCAUCCGCUUUGACCGCAUCAUCACCAACGAGAACAGACACUACGAGAACCGGUACGGCCGCUUCACCUGCCAGGUCCCCGGCGUUUAUUACUUUACCUACCACGUCACAUCCAAGGGCAACCUGUGCCUCAGAAUGAAGAAGGGACGGGGUGGCAGCAAGGGAGAGAAGGUGGUGACAUUCUGCGACUACGUGCAAAGCAGCUACCAGGUCACCACGGGAGGUGUGGUGCUCAGGUUGGCAGCCAAUGAGUCCGUCUGGUUGGAGCCAACAGAGAAGAACUCCCUCGUGGGGAUCGAAGGGGCUGACAGCAUCUUUUCUGGGUUCCUGAUUUUCCCUGAGGUUUAG